AUAUCAAUUGACUUUUCUCAUAGUGCCUGCCUCCUCCACCAUACCGCUGGUACCUCGUACAUUCUCACCGGAAUCACCGAAAGCAUUGGUUCCCCAAGGUACUCCAAGCGCAUGGUCACCAUCCCAGCGCGGAAGCUCCAUGCAACGGGAGGAAUCGUGUGCUUCGCCGCCUCACGAUGCCGCAACGAACACUUGCACCGAUGAACUUCACAGCGAUCUAGAGAUAGAGAAGCCCACUAAGGAAGCCAUCGAACAUGAUCGUAGCUUACGCCCCUAUUCCCCUCAACCUCGUACUCCUGCCCAACGCAACGGAGGAGUUUCACCCAAUUUUCUGUCUCCACCUUCACUGUUAUCGAACAACCCUUUCCCCUUUCCUUCAUCUCCCACCAAUCCGCGCAAGAACAUGAAACGCAAGGUCCCACCACCGGAGGUGCUUCCUAUGUGGGAUCCUAACCAUUCAGGACCGACUCAGAUAUUAGUACCAAAUUCCGACCCUUCUGCAGCAACAUCCUCUCAGCCACAAUAUUCUCAAGCCUCACACUCACUCACGAUGUCACAAACGUAUUCGCAAUCUCAAUCACAUGUACCUCCUUUCCGUUCGUCGCUUUCUAAUGAAUUCAAGCCUGGAGAGACGUCUACACCGAGAACCGCAAGCGAGCUUAGCCAUACAAAUCCGCCUGAGGGAGUGUCGCGGAUGACCUCAGCGUUAAUUUCUAGUCAGAUUGGGGACGGAAAAGCUCAAGGGUCUGCAGACGAGCCGAACACUUCACAUAACGUCCAAGCGCUUGUUGACGAGGACAACCAAAUUCACGAUCGACUGCAUUCGAGCACCUCGCUUGUUUCGUUACCAUUCUUAACAGCGAAGACAGAGCUGCGGCUUGAAAUUGAGCGAGAGCCUUGCGAACGAACAGUUGAUGUUCGCCUACCAACAUCGGAUUCCCCUGUAGCAGGGGAAGAAGUGCAAAGUCACUCCGUCCGUGAUUCAGGUGAACUUUUGGAAGAUGGCACAGAGACACACGCCGUAUUUUGUCAAGCGGGAUCACAGUCGCCCACUUCCAUGCAUUCCCUUUUUUCUGCUUUGUCCCCUGCACCAGGAAGCAAGAGUAGGGCACCACCUGUUGCGCUUGCAGACGAACCUUCUGAUGUGCUACUGGCUCCUGACUUUGUCGCGCCGCCGCAUGAUCCCGAAAUUUGGAAAAACCCAAGUUUCUUGCGCUCGAGGAAGGAAGAAGAAGAAACUUCACCCAUGAGGGUGCAUAAGAAGCACAGGCUCUCUGGGCAGCCUCUGCCUCCGAAAAAGAGGAUGAAGGUGAACGAAAGCUUCAACCUCGAGGAUUCAUCACCUCUACGGUCUGCCGCUGCCAAAAUUAGACCCCGGCCGCCAUGUCAGUCCGAAAAGUCGACGGAGGAUAUGAGAGGCACCGACGAAGGGGGGACACAACGAGGCGCGGGGAAGUCUACUGAUAAGGGAAGGAGAAGCGACCGUCCCCCUUCCCCAGAUCUUUCCACACAGUCACUGAUUUCCGAACGUGACCGGAGCACCAAGUUGCACCGGUUGGAGGGAUUGACGGUGCAAUUGAAGACUAUGUUCCAUGAUUCAGCACAUUCGCAUUUUCGAACGACAUGGGGCGAGUUGCAAGGUAUACUAUUGAGGACGGGGAGGAUUAGGACGCUUGGGGAUGAAGUCGUGCGAGAUGGUAGCGUUUACCUCAAUAAGGACUGUAACAGUUGAACUAUGUUAAUCGAUGGAUGGAAGCUCUUGAG